UCUGCGGACGGUGGUGGAACUGCAGCUGUGGUCUGGAGGAUGUGUUGCAGAUAAACUGGUGUCUGAGCCGCUGCUGUUCUUCAACUCGACAUCACCGCAGUGUGAAGGCGAAUCAGGCUUCCUCUGGUCGCUCCGGAUCCGGCUCAGGUUGGUUCUGUUCCCCCUCUGAUGAACCCGUCGACCAUUUCACACCGAGACCACCGCAGCUGCUGCACAAAACACCGACAUCUUGGCUGUUUAGGCUGAUAAAAAAAACAAAAACAAAACACAGACACACAGACACAAAAGUCCACGGAUUUACACCGAGAAUCCUUCCUCCUGCACCGGUUUGGGUCGUUUAGGUUCGGAUCUCUCCUGCAGACAGCAUCCGAGGUGGAGACAUGGCAGAGCAUCUGUCCCAGAGUGAGCUGGACUACCCCUUCAAACUUCUGGAGUAUUUCAACGGCUUCAGGGUCUCAAAGGUGAUCUUCUCAGCCUGUGAACUGGGAGUGUUCGACCUGCUGCUGAAGUCUCAGGAGGCCCUCAGCGCCCGACACGUGGCCUCUGAACUGGGAACCAGUGUGGACGGCAUGGAGAGGCUACUGGACGCACUGGUGGGCAUCGAGAUCCUGGAGGUGGAGACCACGGAUGGGACAGCUCUUUACAGCAGCACCGACGUGGCCAACCUUUACCUCGCCAAAGGCAGUGCCAAGUCCCUCCACGACAUGAUCAUCUACCAGUCCCAGACCAUCUACCCACUGUGGAACAACCUGAUGCACGCCGUCAGGGAGGGGAAGAACCAGAAUGAAAAGACCUUCGGCCUUUCCUCCGAUGAGGUUUUCCAGGCUAUUUACAGAUCUGAGGAGGAGAUGCUGAAGUUCAUGGGCUUGAUGAACUCCUCGUGGACUCUUGACGGACACGACAUUGUGACGGCGUUUAACCUCUCUGGGUUCCAAACGAUUGUCGACCUCGGAGGAUGCACUGGUGCUCUGGCCCGUGAGAUGGCCAAGGCAUACCCGUCUUCCUCCGUCGUAGUGUUUGACCUGCCCGACGUUGUAGAAGCAGCUCAGAAACAUUUCUGUCAGGAGAGCGACAGCGUUGUGUUUCAGAGCGGAGACUUCUUCAGUGGUGAAAUCCCUCCUGCUGACCUCUACGUUUUAGCCAGAAUCAUCCAUGACUGGCCUGAAGAGAAGUGUCUGGUGCUGCUGAAGAAGAUCUACGACAUCUGCAAACCAGGCGGCGGCGUGCUGCUGGUGGAGGCCAUGUUGUUUGAGAACAAACGAGGUCCGGUCAUGGCUCAGAUCUUCUCCCUCAACAUGCUGGUCCAGACUGAGGGCAGGGAGCGCCCCCCAUCCGACUACACCCAUAUGUUCAACAAGACCGGCUUCCACAACGUCCAGGUCUGCAGGACAGGGAAGUCCUACGACGCCAUCCUCGCCAUCAGAUGAACCGUACGAUCCUGCAAAAACCUCUGAAACUGAUGACGGAUAUUUGAAGAAGAGCCUUGGAAACGCUUGGAUGUGGAUCAGAGUUGGUGUCGUUUUCGUGCGUAUGGAUCUCCACCUUCUGCCCUGCUCAACCCUGGUGAUAUUUACACCGAUUUCAUAAGAGCCGAGUUGUUUUUAGGAUUUGUACUGUUGCAGACAUUAUUGGACCGAGGUUGCGCUCAUGCCUCUGUAAAUAAAACAGUAGGUAGGAAAUCAAAAGGCCUUAUAGUCGACAGCCGGAUCAUUCAGAACAAACUCCACAGAUUAGUGCCAAAAACAACAAACCCUAGGGCAAAGAAAAAAACACAAGGAUGUGCUCCGAGUCAGGAAAUUCUACCAACAUUCUUAGGAUUAUGAGCAUCUUCUGCGAAUUUCCCCAUAAAUGUAACAUUCGAUCCUAAAGUAAAAGUUAAAGCAGAGCUGUUAAAGUGUAAAGCAGCUUCAAGAGAGUUGGAAAAAGUGGGUUAAGACUCUAAAGAAUCACUUUAUUAAAUGAAAUAAUAAAUACAGUAGUUUCUAAUCUGCAGUACAGCUCCUAGUGGACAUGAUUAAAAUAGUUUUACACAAUAUGCAACUUAUAAUAACAGUAAUAUGCAAUUUUCCUCCUGCUUUUUAACAGGCUUUUCCCAUCAUACUUGAAAAACCCAUUAACUUUAACCCAUAAACACCCAGUGCUACAUUUGUGGCAGUUCCCAAAUGAGUUUUUCCUCUCUAUUUAACCUUUCUGA